GCAGCCAUCAGCGCCCCCGGCUCGCCUGCCCCCAAUUCCUCCUCCACCGCGUCGCGCCAAAAACCUCGCCCGCACCAAAAACCUCCAUCGCGGCCGAUUCCCACCGCCUCUGUAGCCGCCAUCAGCGCCCCAGACUCGCCCGCCCUGAAAUCCUCCACCGCGUCGCGCCGAAAACCUCAUCGACCGCCACCACGCCGCACACGCCUUGGUCUUCGUCGCCCUAACCGCACCCUUCCAAUGACGGGGCGCUAGCGAAGCCGCGCAUCCUCCCUGCAUCUUCACCGGUCGUCACCCUAACCGCGCCCUUCCAACGACGAGGUCGCUACCGAAGCGCCGCGCAUCCUCCUCGCAUCUUCGUCGCUCCUGCGCCGCGCCGAAAUCCUCCCCCACCGCGCCCUUCCAUCGACGACCAUGGCGGACUACCCACGCGUCAUGCACGCCCCGCCCUCCGUGCCUGUCCUCCGGGGCCAGCGCGCUCCCCUCCUCCUCACCAGACUCUGCCGCCGCGGGUCUGGUUGCCCACCUCAACUCCGAGGAACGAGGACUCCACCAUGCUCGCUCUAGAGACACCGCCUUCCUGUCCUCCGCUCACCGUGCUUGUCCUCGGAUCCACGACUGCCGCCCCGCUCCCCCCAAAUACCACUGAUGCAGGGAUCCAAGCCCCUGCCAUCUAUUCAGCCGCCCCGACGUCCACAGGGGAUACCAACUGAUGGGCCACCAACCAUGUUGUUCCACGCUCUGGGCUGCUGCUGGAAGCUAAUCAAUCGCUUGGUUAGACCAUCGCAGAUUAGCGGUGGGAUUCCCAGGUUCAAUAAUCUCGUUUCGGGCCAUGCCCUCGAUGUCAUUAUCUGGCUUGAGGUUUGUCGUGGAGAAGCAAAGGGAUGUUUACAUGUGCUCUAUUCUAAGUCUUAGGGUCUGGGAUUAAUUGGGUACGAUUCGUUCUAGAGGAUGAUGCGAGUAAGUGCUUAAGUGCCCUGCUAAUUUUUUCAGCUACCUCUUUCGAAUUUGUUGUCUACCUGUUUGUUAGGCAAGCAUGGAGUAUUCGCUUGGUUCUACUCAAGAAGGGAAUCAAGGAAUUCAGGACUUUAUGCACUGAUUGUAAUAGUCCAACGAAAGAGCGGAUCCACAUGUUAAAAAUCUCAGCAAGUGUUCCUUUCUGACAGAGUUUCAACUUAUGUGUUACUAAUGUAGAAGGGAUCCCAAUUACUUGCUGCAUUGGGUGAUCGAACAGUUAAGUCACAAAAGGAUCACGUCAAUUUUUUGAACUAUGGAUUCCUUGUUUUCUAUAAAUUCUCAUUCUUAUCUUACUGCACCAGGUCAUAGUAUGGAGUUUAGGAAACAGGAAAUGCAUUGGUCUCUUGUUUGGGCAUACUGGGAGCGUGAGGUCGUUGCCUUGCCAUUCCUCCAAUCCGGAGAGAACAAGAACUUGACUGGAACAUCAAGAUAAGCAAGUGUAAAUACCCACCUUGAAAUUGGUAGUUUUAAUUCAAACACAUGCCUUUUGUAUGUUAUGUUCUUGCCUCCUUGGUAUUAUAACAUGCUUGCAUUAAAUGAUUUAUUGAAGGUAAAUUCUGGAAGUAUUGUGAUUCCCAUAAAACGUGUCCUUACAGAUCAUGUAUUAAGGGUGUGGACGGUUAUGUUGCCUUUUUCACAAACUUCAAUUUAUGAUCAAUUGCAAGCAAGAUGUGGUCUAGCUGUUGGAAUGCGGAUCACGAAGGUGGUGUCUUCACUCUUCAGCAUGUUCCAGUGUCGUGUGUUCCAGAUCGGGUUGCUAUCGGGAGUCUGUUGGUUUGCAUGGAAUCAAUCAGGUUUAGCUUGGAUUCAUGAAUAAUUGGUUUGUGUCGUCCGGCUGUUCGAGCUACGUCAUCAUGAUUAGAAUCUACAUUUUUCCC